UACACAGCUAUUUAGUUUUGAAUUAUUUCCCCUUUCCCUUAUUUUAUUAUGACCUACAAGCGUAAAAAGUACCACCAUGGUGAUACUCAUUUAAAAAGGCGCUGGAGAGUCAGAAAUCGGAAGAAGGAUCUCGAUCAGAUCGACGACGACAUCAAAGAAGAGAACGCUGAAAAAUUAUUGAAUCAGGACGUGGAUUUGGAUCUCCCUGGUGCAGCGCAACACUACUGCCUUCACUGCUCACGUUAUUUUAUCGAUGAUAAGGCGUUGGCUGAACAUUUCAAGACGAAAGUUCACAAACGAAGGUUGAAGGCUUUAGAACUCGAGCCUUAUACAAUUGAAGACUCCGAGAGAGCGGCCGGGCACGGUAACUUCGUAAAGCCAGUAAAAAGGAAAAUUACUUCACAAAACCAGAACACUGAUAAGGCGCUCGACGAAGAUGGUGACGCAGUGUUAGAAGACGUUAGUCCGAAUAAAAAGAAAAAAAUUGACGAAGAUGCUACGUAA